AACCAAAAAAAAUAAAAAAAUAAACUGUAAGUUGCGAAGAGAAGCACAACCAUGGCAGAAGACAAACAAAUCGAGAAGAAGAAGGAUGACGUCGACGUCCAGUCCCAGAUUCAAACCGCCAUUCGCUCUCGCGUCUCUCACUUCAAACAACAAGCCGAUUCUCUGACAUACGAAGGUGUUCGUAGAUUGCUCGAGAAAGACUUAGCUUUUGAGGAGUUUUCUUUGGAUUCUCAUAAGAGAUUUAUCAAGCAGUGUUUGGAAAAGUGCUUAGAAGAGGCUGGUGAUGAUGAUGCGCCGAAGACGUCAGGGGAGGAAGGGGAGAAAGGUGAAAGUACGCAGGAAGAGAUGGAAGGACAAAAGGAGGAAAUUCAAUCUAAAGAUGAAAAGGAUGUCCCUGACGAUGACGAGAAAAUGGAAGAUUCUCCGGUAUUAGGUCUGCUUAAAGAACAAAAGAAAGUUAAACAAGAAGCUAAGAAAGAAGAAGGCAAUGGGAAAAAAGUAGUUCCCAAUGAGGCUUUAAUUAAGAAAGCUAUUAGAAAAAGAUCUUCGUACCUCAAGGAUAAUGCAGAGAAAGUCACUAUGGGUGGUCUUCGCCGACUAUUGGAGGAAGAUCUUAAACUUGAAGAAUUUACUUUGGAUCCCUUUAAGAAGUUUAUAAGGCAGCAGCUUGAUGAGGUAUUAUCGUCUUCUGAAGUUGUGGAACCUGCAAAAAGUGCUAAGAAAAUUGUUAAGAAGAAACCUGAUUCCAAACCAACAAAAAAGGUCAGUACUGAAGAGAACUCUGAUAAUUCAGAUGAAAUGAGUGAAGAGGAAGAGGACGAGGAAGAUGAAGUCAAACCUAGAAAAAAAAGUGUUCCAAAAGGGAAGACACAGACUCCUGCUGGACCCAAAAAGCGUAAAGGAGAUGAGACCAAUCUUCCCAGCAAGAAAAAAGCCAAGCCUGAUAAAUCAGCCUCAGAAGUCAAUAGCGAUGCAGAAGAUGAUGGAAUAAACUCCGAAGAUGAUCAAUCCCAUUCAUCAGCAGAGAAUACUACCAAGAAGAAACAAGUUGCAGCUCCUGUGUACAAUAAACGGGUGGAGCACUUGAAAUCUGUUAUUAAAGCAUGUGGGAUGAGCGUUCCUCCGGUCAUUUAUAAAAAAGUCAAGCAGGUGGCUGAGAACAAACGGGAAGAACAGCUAAUUAAAGAAUUGGAGGAAAUACUAUCUAGAGAAGGCUUGUCUUCAAAUCCAUCUGAAAAGGAAAUUAAAGAAGUGAAUCGGAAGAAGGCGAGAGCCAAGGAGCUUGAGGGUAUUGAUAUGAGUAAUAUUGUGUCGAGUACACGUAGAAGGGCAACAAUUAGUUUUGCGCCUCCUCCACCACCCCCAAAGCCCAAGACUCCAGUUGAAUCGAGUGGCAAAGAUAAAAAUGUUAGUGAUGAUGACAAUGAUGAUGAAGGCAAGGAUAAUGAAGAGGUUGAAGAGGUUGAAGAAGAUGAAGAAGAUGAAGAAGAGGAAGAAGAGGAGGAUAGCAGUGAUGAUGGAAGCGAGAGUGAAGACUUUAAUGCCGAUGAAGAGGACAGUGAUUGAACUUGCGCAGAUUCUGCAAUUAUUAGGUGAAUUCUUCACAAUUAAUUAGGAAGUGAUGGUGUAUAAUGUUAUGUAUUGUAGUGUGUUUCUCUGAUAAUGUUUCUAUUUAUUUUUAUCUUUCUCCAAAUUUUUGAGUGUCAGAUGGCCAAUGUUUGUUGUUAGUUGCCGAAAUAUUAACUAGUUUCCUCUUGGUCUCUAUGGAUAGGAACUUAAACACCGAGACAGUUGGGUUUAAAUUUAGUAUUUUUGUCCCCUUUAAGAUCUAAACAGACAUGUUUACAGUGAAAGCGCCUCAUUUCAAUCAUAUGCAGCAGUGUGACCAUCAGUGAUGGAAAACUUCGUGUUGAAAUUUACGUUACAUUUAACUUGUAUUUAAUUUGCUUAGAACUCUAUAGUAGUUAAACUUGUAAUGGAGUUGAUAUGCUGAGGCCUUAUAUUAGUUAAAAGGGGCUUGCGUUAUAUAAAA